UUUUUCGUGCAAUAAUCAAGUGCGCACUUAGCCAGCCAACUUUUCCCUUGUCUUCAUCGCGGAAAGUUGCAACCAUCUCUGUCUGGCCAACUGACUGGAAUAGGAAUCAGAUCGUGACGUCAUGGGUUUAGCCAUCAAAGUUGAAAAGCCGGUCUCCAGUCUCCACUGCGCUUGCCUAGAAACUCUGCUAUGCUAUCACAAUAUAAAAUAUUUUAGUCGACUGUUUGAUGCCGAACUCAUCAUUCUCUCGUUAGCCAGUCAGCUGUGUGCUUCAAUCUAGUUUCCUACCAAUCGUCAAGAUGAAGAGCAUCAUCUUACUACUUGUGAUUGGAGUUGGUGCGACCUGCGGACAAAUUUACCGGUCGUCAUACGCACCCGCUGGCUCCAUGUAUCCCAGGCCGCAAUCCGCAUACGAGGAAGAAGAAGCCAUACUUGAUCGCAGCAAGGGAUCCGAAGACUCCUCAUCAAAUGUGCCAGUCGAGGAUGUCAAUCUCAGAAACCAAGUUCAAUUUUGGCCAAAGGAGAAGCAGCCUUUCUGGUACCUGAACGCCCAGGCCAUCAAUAGACAAAUUGGAAAAGUGAAUGGUGCUGUCGUUCAAUCUUCCACUACUGAUUCAACCACCACUAACACCGAUAAUCGUGCAUCCAGUAGCCCGCAAUCAAACUGAUUCACUCUCUUACAAUUUGAAAUGAUUACAGUUUCAAUGGGCUUAACCAUCCUAUAAUUAAUAUUAUUGUUGAAUACUUUUGUUACAAAAUAUAAACGAUUUAAAAAAA